GUCGGCCCCGGGCUCUGAGAAGGCAGCGGCGGAGGCAGCGUCGCAGGAGUCGGAGCUUGCGCCAUCCCGCAGCCGCUGACACGGUCGGGCCCGGCCGCCGCCAUGGGGGCCGUGCUGGGAGUCUUCUCUGUGGCCAGCUGGAUUCCGUGCUUGUGCGGCAGUGCAUCAUGUUUGCUGUGCAGUUGCUGUCCUAACGUCAGGAAUUCAACUCUGACUCGCCUUAUCUAUGCCUUUAUCCUUUUCUUGGGCACAGCUGUUUCUUGUAUUAUGUUGACAGAAGGAUUGGAAACACAGCUGAAAAAGGUUCCUGGAUUCUGUGAAGGGGGAUUUAAAAUCAAGAGUGAUGAUGAUACAAGUGACAACAUUUGUGAUGUCCUCGUUGGUUACAAAGCUAUCUAUCGGAUCAGCUUUGCCUUAGCUGUCUUUUUCUUUCUAUUCUUUCUACUGAUGUUAAAAGUGAGAAGUAGUAAAGAUCCAAGAGCUGCAGUGCACAAUGGGUUCUGGUUCUUCAAAGUUGUUGCCAUUAUUGGUCUCAUGGUUGGAUCUUUCUACAUUCCUGGGGGCCCAUUUAGCACAGCCUGGCAUUUUAUUGGAAUGUUUGGGGCCACCUUAUACAUCCUCAUACAGUUGAUACUGUUAGUGGACUUUGCCCACUCUUUAAACGAGGGUUGGGUCAAUCGAAUGGAAGAAGGAAAUGCUAGGUGCUGGUAUGCAGUUUUGCUGUCAUUUACAAGCUUCUUCUACAUCCUGUCUUUCAUCGGCGUGGUGCUCUUGUAUGUAUUCUACACCAAAACUGACGCCUGCACGGAAAACAAGUUAUUUAUCAGUUUAAAUCUGAUUUUUUGCAUGGUGGUAUCCAUUGUCUCAAUUCUUCCAAAAAUUCAGGAACAUCAGCCUCGCUCUGGCCUUCUCCAGUCCUCAAUUAUUACAGCUUAUACCAUUUAUCUCACAUGGUCAGCCAUGUCCAAUGAACCUGAUCGAACCUGUAACCCAGGCUUAUUGAGCAUCAUCACACAGAUAACUACACCCACCUUGACUCCUGGGAACACAACUGUCUCAGUGUCUACCAUUGCUCCUCCAUUGUCACAGAAUGGGCGGUGGCUAGAUUUAGAGAGUUUUGCUGGACUGAUAAUCUUUGUCGUCUGCCUCCUGUAUUCCACCAUCCGUUCUUCCAACAACAGUCAGGUAAGCAAGCUGACUCUCUCAGGGAGUGACAGCGUGAUACUGGAUGAUGCUUCCUCACAUGGCCCGAAAGACAUAGAAGAUGGACAACCGCGGCGAGCUGUGGACAAUGAGAAAGAUGGAGUGCAGUACAGUUACUCUGUCUUCCACUUGAUGAUGUUCCUGGCCACUUUGUACAUCAUGAUGACCCUGACCAACUGGCAAAGCCCUGAUGUAGAGUUCCAGACAGUGACCAGCAAGUGGAGCCCUGUGUGGGUAAAGAUCUCCUCCAGCUGGGUUUGCCUCAUCCUCUAUCUCUGGACCCUCGUGGCACCUGUUUUCCUAACCAACAGAGACUUCAGUUGAGCCUCCGGGAGCAUCACACAGUCUUUGUGCCAAGAGCCAACAUCCUUGUAUUUCGCUUCAACUAAAAUAUUAAGUGAACGCUUCCUAAAAGUUUGGCUCUAUUCAGGUAUACCCAAGGUUACUAGGUGAAUAAUGCUUUGAAGCAGGAUCUAAACUUUUUCUUUUUAUGUAUUAUGUUUAUUUGUAACACAUAAAGUACAAGGUGAAUAUUAUCGCGUUUUUUAAAAAAGAACUACAGCUGUGCUGUGAAGAGAAUUCUGAAAAAAAAGUCCAUAGAUCCCUGCAGCUUAGAUUUAAAUUGUUUAAAAGAAAAACAUUGAGGGUUGGAAACCCUUCUUAAUAUAUUUGGAUUGAAAUAUCUUUAAAAAACAAAGAAGAAUGUACUGCUUCACAAAUGCUUUGGUCUGUAGAAGCCCAGUUUUCUCUUGUAUUUUCCAUACAUUCCAGUGUGCAGGUUUAAAGGGCAUGCUUGCUUCUUCCUGAGGGAAGCCCUGCACUCCCUUCCCCAGGCCGGGAGUCUCAGAAUGGCACGUCUCUUGCUUCUGUAGCUUAGUUCUUUUCAGAUUCAUACAUUUUUUAUACUAUAAUAAUAUAAUGCUGCUUGAUUUCAGUCUAUGGCUUUGCCAAAUAUAAUGAUUUCAGUGAAUGCUUUCAAGGUUUAAUUUAAGUGGAAAAUUAGCCUGGAAAAUGGCUUACGUCCAGUGUAAUUUUCAACAUCAGAAGAAAAAUGUGUGAAGCAAAAAUGCACGUGAACUUUUCUGUCAGCACUUACGCCAUUUGCACUGUAAUAUGUUUGAUUAAAAAUAUGAAGAUUUUAAAGAAA